UAUUGCCCUAGCCUAGGACAGCUGGUGCCUCCCGUCACAAUGAGCAUUGUUCUCUACAGGAUGGCUCGGCUGCGGGACAAGGCUGACCAGCUUGUCAAGCAGCUCACCGACUUCGCCAACACCGAGAACCCAGAGCUGCGGGCCACCGUGAGGAGCUUUGCCGAGGACCUGGCCAAGGUGCAGGAUUACCGGCAGGCCGAGGUCGAGAGGCUGGAGACCAAGGUCGUCAGCCCCCUGAAACUGUACGGGGCGCACAUCAAGCAGACACGGGCCGAGAUCAAGAAAUUCAAACAAGUCCAGAAGAACGAGAUCAAACAACUGGAAAAGCUGGAGAAACUGAGGCAGAAGUCCCCUUUGGACAGGCAAAUGAUCUCCCAGGCAGAGACCAGUGUGCAGAGGGCCUCAGCGGAUGCCAGCCGCACCACCCACCAGCUGGAGGAGAUGAUCGACACCUUCCAGAAGCAGAAGCUGAAGGACCUACAGAAAAUUUUUUCAGACUUUGUCACCAUCGAGAUGGUCUUCCAUGCCAAAGCGGUGGAGGUAUAUUCCAGCGCCUUCCAGAUCCUGGAGAGCUAUGACCUGGAGAGAGAUCUGGAGGAUUUUAGAGCCAAGAUGCAUGGGGUUUACGGACAUUACAAUGCUCGGCCGCUCAAGGAUACCAUGCUUUCCCCAGCUGUCCCGUGGGCUCUUACUGGCCAGAGGACUCAGACCACCAUACGGAGCCAGAGGAGAGAUGAGGAGGAGGAGGAGAGCACGGAGCACUCUGCCGAGGAGGACCCCGUGGAGGACCUCAGGGGACAGGGGCAGGCACCCCAGCAAUAG